GGAGAGAAACCAUAUAACUGCACUGAGUGUGGAAAGAGUUUUACUCAAAGUAGUGUCCUUAAAGUACACCAGCGUAUUCACACAGGAGAGAAACUGUAUCACUGCUCAGAGUGUGGAAAGAUUUUUGCUCAUGAAAAGAAUCUCAAACAGCACCAGCACAUUCACACUGGAGUAAAGCCGUAUCAGUGCUUACAGUGUGAGAAGAGUUUUAAUACAAAGAGUGAUCUCAAAAUACACCAGCGCAUUCACACUGGAGAGAAACCGUAUCAGUGCUCACAGUGUGGGAAGAGUUUUAAUACACAGAGUAAACUCAAAAUCCACCAGCGCAUUCACACUGGAGAUAAACCGUAUCAGUGCUCACAGUGUGGGAAGGGUUUUAAUAAAAAGAGUGAUCUGAAAAGACACCAGCGCAUUCACACUGGAGUCAAACCAUAUCAGUGCUCACAGUGUGGAAAGAGUUUUAAUACAAAGAGUGCUCUCAAAAUACACCAGCACAUUCACACUGGAGAAAAACUGUACCAGUGCUCACAGUGUGGAAAGCGUUUUAUUACACAGAGUGAGCUCAAAAUACACCAGCACAUUCACAGUGGAGAGAAACCGUAUCAGUGCUCACAGUGUGGGAAGAGUUUUAUUUCACAGAGUAAUCUCAAUACCCACCAGCGCAUUCACACUGGAGAGAAACCUUAUCAGUGCUCACAGUGUGGAAAGAGUUUUAAUACAAAGAGUAAGCUUAAAAUACACCAGUGCAUUCACAGUGGAGAGAAACCUUAUCAGUGCUCACAGUGUGGAAAGAGUUUUAAUGGACAGAGUGAUCUCAAAAAACACCAGCGCAUUCACACUGGAGAGAAACCGUAUCAGUGUUCACAGUGUGGGAAAAGUUUUAAUAUACAGAGUAAUCUCAAAAUCCACCAGCGCAUUCACAGUGGAGAGAAACCAUAUCAGUGCUCACAGUGUGGAAAGAGUUUUAAUAUACAGAGUAAGCUCAAAAUCCACCAGCGCAUUCACACUGGAGAGAAACCAUAUCAGUGCUCACAGUGUGGAAAGAGUUUUAAUCAACAGAGUGCUCUCAAAACACACCAGCGCAUUCACACUGGAGAGAAACCUUAUCAGUGCUCACAGUGUGGAAAGAGUUUUAAUGGACAGAGUAAUCUCAAAAAACACCAGCGCAUUCACACUGUAGAGAAACCAUAUCGGUGCUCACAGUGUGGGAAGAGUUUUAAUAUACAGAGUCAUUUCAAAAUACACCAGCGCAUUCACACUGGAGAGAAACCGUAUCAGUGCUCACAGUGUGGAAAAAGUUUUAAUAGACAGAGUGCUCUCAAAAUACACCAGCGCAUUCACACUGGAGAGAAACCGUAUCAGUGCUCACAGUGUGGAAAGAGUUUUAAUAGACAGAGUGCUCUCAAAAUACACCAGCGCAUUCACACUGGAGAGAAACCGUAUCAGUGCUCACAGUGUGGAAAGAGUUUUAAUAUACAGAGUAAUCUUAAAAAACACCAGCGCAUUCACAUUUUACAGAAAUGAUGCUCACAGUGUUGGAGCUGCGUUGCACAUUUAUCAGCACUUGGACACAAGUGUGACUCAUCAGAUUGUACCAAACAAGCUAAAAUAUAAAAAUAUAAAAUAUAGUGAGUGAGUGAGUGUUGGGGAGAAAUGGUUAGCCAUGAAUGAAU